AUGAAUAAACGUGAUAUUCUGUUAUAAGCACGUGAAGGUCGUAAACAAUCUGAAUAGUAACUCAGUCUUCUAAUGAAUCGAAUAAACCUUAUUUAAUAAAACCAACUUAAAGUCAUUCGAAGGAUUAAAUUACAAUAGAAGUCUGUUGAAAUGAAGCAAUUCAUACAGUCCGAGCAUGAUUCAUUUAAUUAGAGUGUUAUAUACACAUUAUUAUGA